AUGGAGGAUUUGUUUACCCGUGGGGCCCUCCACGGUACACACACCGAUGCGUGGGUUACGCUGUCGCUCGUCCCUUGCGUUUCUUGGACUGCUGGCAAUAAUGGUGACGUGACGUUUCCAGUGCUCGCCGCAUUGGGCAAGGCGUGGGGUCGCACUUUCGCCAACUGUUCUCAAGCCACCGGGUUGACGUGUGAUGACAAGGGCAUGGUUAUUGAGAUGUCGCUGAACAACACUCAACUCACAGGGUCCAUUCCAUCAGUGAUCGGCAAACUCUCGUUGCUUGCUCACCUCAACCUUGGAGCCAAUCAGCUGACGGGAGUCAUUCCAAACUCCAUCGGGAGUCUCACCAGCCUCUCCUACCUAGGGCUCUACAACAACCAGCUAGCCGGUCCGAUUCCGAAAUCCCUUGCGGCACUCGCCAGCCUGCAGACACUCAACUUGGACAACAAUUUAUUCUCAGGCUCCCUCCCUUCAACACUCUCUGCUCUCUCCUCUGCCACUUACCUGAGCAUCUCUGACAAUCUCCUCAACGGCUCCCUCCCUGAUGCCAUUGGCGCUCUCUCUGCUCUCCAAAGCCUUGGUCUGGCCAACAACACUCUCUCUGGACCACUUCCCACAUCCUUAGCCAACCUCACCAACCUCGUUACUUUGGGUCUGACCAACAACAGCCUCUCAGGUCGCCUUCCCUCCUCCAUUUCUUCCCUUGGGAAGCUCGAGAAGCUCAACCUGGGCUUUAAUCUUUUCACGGGCGCCCUACCAAACAGCAUCUGGCACAUGACUGCUCUAACCAGAAUUCGCCUGCGCAACACGUCCCUCUCUGGCCCCAUCCCACCGCGCAUAGGGGAGCUCAGGAGACUCAGACAAGUGGAUCUGAGCAACACCGGCAUCAGCGGUGUUCUUCCUGAAUCCAUGGGCCACCUGGACAAGCUCACGGAGCUCUACAUGCACGGGUGUCGGCUCAACGGACCGUUGCCCGCACUACUAGGCAACCUCACAGCCCUUCAGACACUCGAUCUAGGAAGCAAUCAUUUAUCAGGGGAGAUUCCCCUGUUUAUUAGCUACCUCACGCGCAUUGAGACACUGGACCUCUCGGCCAAUCAGCUCACAGGAAUGAUCCCUGACACCGUCAGCUCCAUGCAGCGACUGCGACAGCUUGAUCUUUCCUCCAACAGCCUCACAGGCUCUGUGCCCUCCACCACUGCCCUACUCACCAACCUCACCUCGCUUGACCUGUCGCACAACAACCUCUCAGGGACGAUACCGGCUUUCUUCUCUACACUCACCAGUCUGCACGCGCUUGAUAUGAGCUACAACCAGCAGCUCAGUGGGUCCAUUCCCGCUACUCUCGGGCAGCUCAGCAACCUCACCGUGCUUGCAACCAACGCCACCAGCACCACGUGCCCUCUCCCUUCAACGCCAUGUGAGGUGCCCCAGUCACCCUCCUCGGCCUUCUGUCAAGCCUGCCCCGAAUUCUGCUCCUCCUGCUGCACUUCCUGCACUGACCCCUGCACCAGCUACCCCUCCAACCCAUGCGGCCCAGGAGACUGCAUCCCCACCUCCUCUCCUCCCACCCCCGCUUCUGCCUCCACCAAGGGGGUACUUCCCCCAACCUCCUCCACCUUCUCUGCUGCUCCUCCUAACAGCUCCUACACGUGCCGCUGCUCGGCGGGUGCUGCUGCAGCCGUGGGAGCCAAUGGGCUGCCGACAUGUGUCAUUCCCUCCCCGCCACCGCCUCAGGAGUCUUCCAGUGCAGUUGCCAUGCCAACAGGAGCAAUCAUCGGCAUCGCAGUCGCAUCCUUUGCUGUGAUUGUCUGCUGCUUCACGCUCAUCUUCCUCUGCUGGCGAUGGCGCCACACCAGCCAGAGCCGAGAGCUGGUCAACCAAGGUUGGCAGGCAGAAGCAGAUCGAAGCUACCGCAAGGAUGAUGGCGCCUGCGCCGACUACAGUAGUGGCACCCAUUGCUCCUGUGCCGCGCCUUCCCCCCUCUACAGCGUCGCAGCGCCACGCUCGUCCCACGCCCUCUCUUCAUAUUGUAAAUACGCGUGCAGCGCGCAGCAGCGGAGCGGAUCUGCGCAGCAGCAGAGCGGAUCUGCGCAGCAGCAGAGCGGAUCUGCGCAGCAGCAGAGCGGAUCUGCGCAGCAGCAGAGCGGAUCUGCUCAGCAGCGGAGCGGAGCGGCGCAGCCAGGGGCGAUGCUGGCGGGAUUCGAGUAUCCGGAGCACGUGUGCGGGGCGGCGUGGCGCGACGAGUACGCGCAGCUGCACGCGCGCAUCAGAGCUGCCAGCAGAGCCGCAUGGCGCGCGCGACAGCCGCCAGCCUCCCCGCCGCCUCCGCCAGCCGCGCCGCCGCCUCCGCCAUCCGCGCCGCCGCCACAGCCAGGAGCUGAGCCGCGCAGGCGCCUGGCGGCGGACGCCUCUCCCCCCGGCGCGGAGCCGGCGGCGCCCGCGGUGCGAUUCCUGACGUACGACUGGUACGGGUCGUGCGGCGGGCUGGGCGACUACCUGAUCGGGCUCGUGACGCUCUUCCCCGCCGCGCUGCUGGACCGCCGCGCGCUGCUCGUCGCGCAGCCCUGCAUGCACGCCGCGUUCCGCUCGCCGCACAUCGACACCGCGCUCUCCCCCGACGUGCCCAUGGGGGGCGGCCGCCCGCUGCUGCGGCGCGCCGCCACCACGCCGCCGCCCCUGGACGCCGCCGCCGCCGCCGCGCGCGACCGCGACGGCGCCAACGCCAGCGCCGGCGACGGCGGAGGCGGCGGCGAUCGCGUCGGGGAGGACGACGAUUCGCUGCAGCGCGCGGAGUGGCUCGCUCCGCCGUGCGAGCGGCUGGAAGGCAACAUGAGCGCCGCGGGGGCACUCGGAGACAGCAACAGCAACAGCAGCGCGGUGCCGUGUUUGGACCUGCUGCGGCACACGUUUGAGAUGGAGGCGCUGCAGCAGCUGAGCGCGCUGCGCAACUACCGCGUGCGGUACAACAAGGGGCUCCUCAUCACCACGCUCCUGCACGACCAGGGGCCGUGGGCUAACGCGCUCAGGCAGCUGGGGUUCAAGGUCGCGUACGGCUUCCGAUGCAUCCUCCGGUUCCUCUUCAGCCCGCGGCCAGAGGUGUGGAAUCUACUGGUGGGGUUGGAGGAGCAGCUGUGGGGGGAGGGCGUGGUGCGGGUGGCAGUGCACGUGCGCGUGCCGGACAGGGAGGUGUGGCAGAAUGAUGGCAUGACGGCGCAGAACACGACGCAGCAGCAGCUGGACGACCUGAUCGCCAAGGCCAACAGCACACUGCAGUGCGCACAGGCAGUGGAGAAUUUCUGGUACCCGCCUCCCCUGAAGGUGAAGUGGAUUCUCAUCACCAACUCACACCUGCUCAAGCAAGCACUCAAAGCCAAGUACCCUCACAAGGUGGUCACCACAGACUUCAUUUCCUGGCACUCCGCCCAAGCCACGGAGCACGAGCACACAGACCUCUCAUCAUCAUCCUCGGAAGAGCGCGACGCGGCGUUGCGAGGACUGCAGCACUUCCGCGAGACGGUGGCGGAGUGGGCGCUCAUAGCGUCCUCCCACGCCUUCAUCAUCCCCGUCUCGGGAUUCUCCCGCACCGCCGCGCUCUACGCUCUCCGCCCACUCAGCAUCUACGUGCCUCCGCCUCUCUACCCGCCCAAAGCUGCUGAGAAUUCUCAAAAGCCGCCUCCCCCCAACGCCUGCGACCCUGAGAAGCCCGCAGCCAUCGAUCGCUUCGGAGUCACCUGGAGUGGCAUCUAG